GCUUUACGUCAUAGCAUAUUGCCUAACUAGGGAGUCCCGGGUGGUCCGUUCGGGGGGGCUUGGAAAACAAUCGUCGUCUGGAAUUUCUCAACAGCAGCAGCUUCUUUGCAGCAGGUAUCGUUUCUUUAACUGCGUAUUUCUCCGCAUCCUCUCGCUCUCGACGCCGUUUGUGCCCAUUGUACGACGUUGUACCCAGCGUACUCAUUUACCCCGUACUCGGAUCGAACGGCACUGCAUAGCAACCAGACCCGCUGGAACUUCCACUGCAUACACCUGGACGUCUGUACAGCUCUCGCUAUCACUCGAGAAGGAUUGACAUAGCCGAUAUCUGUUCCCACCUGUGAGCCUAUAAUCUGGUCGCGAAUUUAAACAACAACCACCCCUGUGGCGAUCAUGAAGGGGGCGAUACUUUCCGUGGUGUGGCUUGCGGGCCUCACUGCAGCCCAGAGUAGCUCGGCCUCGGUGACUCCAUCAGUCAUCACCUUAUCUGGAUCGCAGCGGAGUCUGACGGGCGAUGAUGCGGCUCCCAACCCAACCGUUCCUUCGGAUUUCGAGGGCAGCACAUUUGCGACCAUAACCUCGCCUGCGUCUUCUGGACCGUCUGGUAGCACUUUCUCGGCCAAUGGCACGGCCUCACUUACAAGCACUCAAGACCCCGUUACAAACAUCGGAGGAGGGAACAGGACAUUGACACCGACUGGCACUGGGACAGCUCCGGCGCUGCCAUCAAACACACAGCCGUGUAAUAACUAUCUGGAGUUUUGCAACCGCAAGUACUCCAAUAUCACCGAAGUAGCUGCGCACAAUUCGCCCUACACGCGACAGAAUAACAUUGCGCGCAACCAAGAGUAUGGCGUGACACAACAACUGAACGACGGUAUCCGCAUGCUGCAGGGCUCAGCCCACUACGUCAAUGGCACGCUCUACUAUUGCCAUUCGUCUUGCGACCUGCUCAACGCUGGUACUGUGGAAGACUACCUUCGUGAAGUCACCGCAUGGGUAGAAGCACACCCCUUCGACGUCAUCACGAUUCUCUUCGGCAACUCCAACUGGGACGAAACAACCGACGAUGGCAAGCCACUCGUCACAUCCUCCAACUUCGCUGAUCCGAUCGAGAAGUCUGGCCUGAUCGAAUACGUCUACCAGCCACCAAAGACCGCCAUGGAACUCGAUGACUGGCCAACGCUCGGCGAACUUAUCCUUCACAACAACCGUGUCAUUACAUUCAUCGACUACAACUUCGAUACUGAUGCGGUUCCAUACAUGCUAUGGGAGUUUUACAAUAUGUGGGAAACACCCUUCUCUCCCACCGACCCCGAUUUCCCAUGUACGCUUGGCAGGCCCGAAGGGAUGGCUGAGGAGAAGAUGAGAGAUAUCAUGUACAUGGCAAACCACAACUUGAAUGCCGAGAUUUCAUUUGCUGGAUUGAACCUUCUGGUACCUAAUGUAGCCCAGAUCAACCAGACCAACGGUCUGGAAGGAGAGGGCAGCCUGGGUGCUAUGACCAACACUUGCACUACUAACUGGGACCGCCCACCGAACUUCCUCCUCGUCGACUUCUAUAACCAAGGGCCUAUCAACGGUUCCGUCUUCGAAGUUGCUGCCCGUGCAAACAACGUUACGUAUGACCGUGAGUGCUGCGGUACUACAUCUGUCGCCAAUGUGUUACUGCGACCUAGUGCUACUUACUUUGGCUUCGUGGUUGCGAUUGCUGCCGCAUUGGUCCUAUGACCUCCUUCGACGGUUGAAGUCGUCUAAUUGGGUAAUUGAUCGCUAGUUGGAAGCAUGGGUUCCGAGGUACAUAAGCAUGGGUCAGGCGUUUACCGGUCGAGAUAGUUUGUGUUCUUCUUGUAUCAUGAUAGCGAUUGUAAGCGAUUUUGUGUAGGCCCAGCAUGUAUUCAACUUUCACGUCGUUUUCAUACCCAUCACCUUUGUCUCCCUUUUUUGUAUCAUCGCAGUAUGGACCC